AUGGCUUCUUUGAAUCACACGAAGCUGAAGUUCAAGCUGAACACUGGCAGCGAAAUUCCGGCUAUUGGGCUUGGCACAUGGCAAUCGAAGCCAGGUGAAGUUCGAGAAGCCGUUAAGAUAGCGCUCCAGAAGGGUUACAGACACAUUGACACUGCCUUUGCCUACGGAAAUGAGAAGGAGGUCGGCCUGGGAAUCAAGGACUCGGGUGUACCACGUGAGGAGAUUUGGAUCACGACCAAGCUCGAUAAUCCCUGGCACAAGCGCGUUGAAGAAGGUAUCAACGCGUCUUUGAAGAAUCUCGGAGUCGACUAUGUUGAUCUCUAUCUCAUGCACUGGCCGUCCUCAUCGGACCCCAGUGAUCCGACAUUGAAAACCCAGUACAAGGACUGGAACUUCAUCGAUACAUGGCGCGAGAUGCAGAAGCUGCCAGCUUCGGGCCGUGUCAAGAACAUCGGCGUCUCCAACUUCGGUAUUCGGAACCUUGAAAGGCUUUUCGCGGCUGAGUCAACUACCACCGUGCCGGCGGUCAAUCAGAUUGAAUUGCAUCCAAAUUGCCCGUCGCCGAAGCUGCUCGACUACUGCAAGAAGAAGGGCAUUCACUGCACGGCGUAUUCGUGCUUAGGGUCUACCAAUUCUCCAUUGUACAAAAACCAAGACUUGAUCAAGCUGGCCGAAAAGAAGGGCAAGACUGUUCAGCAAGUUCUGUUGAUGUGGGGUCUCCAGCGAGGCACAAGCGUUAUUCCAAAAUCUGUCUCGGCGGAGCGCAUCGAAGCCAACUUUGACUUAGAUGGUUGGGAGCUCUCGGACGAAGAAAUGAAGCAGCUGGACAGCAUGCCAGAACGCUUCAAGGUGUGCGGUGAUGAGUGGCUUGGAGAGAAGGUGUUCUUUGGGGAUGACGAAUAA